CAGGCAGCAGAACAGCCCGGGGAAACAGCGUCUGCACAGCACCGUUAUCUCACCGUUAUAUCCACCGUUAUACUUACCGUGACACCGGCGGGACACGGAGCUUCUUCACCGGCCGGUCCUUACAACCGAAGACCGUAAAGAUGGUUCUCAGUUAUCUGCCUUUUGUGUUUCUCCUGGGCGCUGCCGUUAAAGGAAUGACAACAACAGAUCCCAUCACACAAAAUGUCUCCACCGAUGGAGGAAUGAGUGAUAAGACAUCCACCAGUCCUGCAACAUCACACAUGAGCUUAACUGAAAGUUCAAAUCCGAGCAGCAGUCACUCAACCAGCAGUUUUGUAACUUCACCACCAUCCACUACAGAGCACUUCACAGCCUCAGUAGCUACUGUAACUAUAGAAAAUGCCACUGCAGAAUCUACUACUAUGGAACCAGACUCCACCCAUGCAGAGACUACCUUCUCCCAGCCCUUUACUGAGUCCAGUACCUCCACGGCAGCAGUCAGCAGCACCAUAAAUGAGAACAGUUACUUUACCACCGGCAGCCCAACUGACUCUCCAUCAGCUCCAACCAGCAGUACAACGCUGUCCACUACAAGCCCUGAGACAAGCCAACCCACCAACACUAGUGAGACCACAAAUUCAAAUACCACACCUGCUUCAGAUCACACAUUGACAUCUAGAACACAAACCACAAGCACCAGCAACGGACAAUCCACCAUUUCACCAAUUACAAGCAUUGACACAACUACACUUACGCCGAUCACAACAAGCGACACAACUACAAUUACGGCAAUUACAAGCGACGACACAACUACCAUUAUACCAAUUACAGGCGACGACACAACUACCAUUAUACCAAUUACAGGCGACGACACAACUACCAUUAUACCAAUUACAGGCGACGACACAACUACCAUUAUACCAAUUACAGGCGACGACACAACUACCAUUAUACCAAUUACAGGCGACGACACAACUACCAUUAUACCAAUUACAGGCGACGACACAACUACCCUUAUACCAAUUACAGGCGACGACACAACUACCAUUAUACCAAUUACAGGCGACGACACAACUACCAUUAUACCAAUUACAGGCGACGACACAACUACCAUUAUACCAAUUACAGGCGACGACACAACUACCAUUAUACCAAUUACAGGCGACGACACAACUACCAUUAUACCAAUUACAAGCGACGACACAACUACCAUUAUACCAAUUACAAGCGACGACACAACUACCAUUAUACCAAUUACAGGCGACGACACAACUACCAUUAUACCAAUUACAGGCAACGACACAACUACCAUUAUACCAAUUACAAGCGACGACACAACUACCAUUAUACCAAUUACAGGCAACGACACAACUACCAUUAUACCAAUUACAAGCGACGACACAACUACCAUUAUACCAAUUACAGGCAACGACACAACUACCAUUAUACCAAUUACAGGCAACGACACAACUACCAUUAUACCAAUUACAAGCGACGACACAACUACCAUUAUACCAAUUACAAGCGACGACACAACUACCAUUAUACCAAUUACAGGCAACGACACAACUACCAUUAUACCAAUUACAGGCAACGACACAACUACCAUUAUACCAAUUACAAGCGACGACACAACUACCAUUAUACCAAUUACAAGCGACGACACAACUACCAUUAUACCAAUUACAGGCAACGACACAACUACCAUUAUACCAAUUACAAGCGACGACACAACUACCAUUAUACCAAUUACAGGCAACGACACAACUACCAUUAUACCAAUUACAGGCAACGACACAACUACCAUUAUACCAAUUACAGGCGACGACACAACUACCAUUAUACCAAUUACAGGCAACGACACAACUACCAUUAUACCAAUUACAAGCGACGACACAACUACCAUUAUACCAAUUACAGGCAACGACACAACUACCAUUAUACCAAUUACAAGCGACGACACAACUACCAUUAUACCAAUUACAGGCAACGACACAACUACCAUUAUACCAAUUACAGGCAACGACACAACUACCAUUAUACCAAUUACAAGCGACGACACAACUACCAUUAUACCAAUUACAGGCGACGACACAACUACCAUUAUACCAAUUACAGGCAACGACACAACUACCAUUGCGGCGAUUACAACUGGAGACAUGACUACAAAUCCGCCAAUCACAAGCAAUAACACAACUACAAACACGCCAAUUAUGAACAACGACACUACUACCAAUAUGCCAAUUACAAGCAGUGACACAACUUCCAUUACGGCGAUUACAAUCAACGACACAACUGCAAUUAGAUCAACUACAAGCAACAUCACAACUACAAUCACAAAGACUACACAGUCUAGCCACAGUACAACUUUCAUUACAACUACAACACAGCAGAGCAACAACACAACAACUCCAGCAACCACACAAACAAGCAAAAGCACAGCAAGUACUCCUACAGAAGCUUCAGAAAGCUCUACAGCUGUGCUGACUACAGCAACACUAACAAACUCUACUAACACCUCUCCUGAGACUCCUGUGAUGACCACCACACUCUCACCCUCCCCUUUCACCACAAACCCAAACCUAACAGCCGGACCCCAACCCUCUUCACCUACCUCCAUCACCACCUCCAGUUCUCUCCCUACCUCCCCAAGCAGUAGCACUGCAGCCCCCACUGGAAAUACUACCACCCUUAGUCCCUCAGCAACAAACCCAGGAGUGACCAUAUAUACCACUAUGACUCAAUCACCUGAACCAUCAGUUGGCGAUGCAUCAGCUUCAUCCACCACCCUCCCAACCCCCACCUCCACCAUCAGUACAGGCACCAUCAUCACUGACACCACCCUGCGACCAACAGAAGUCACUACCACUAACUCCACCACAGCAGCCCCACCCAUCCCUCCAGUCAUAGUGUGUCCUUCCGUCCCAUGCCCACUUGAAAGCGUUUGUCUUAAUGGCACUUGUCAGUGUCUCUCUGGUAGCUUCCUGGUAAAUGGCCGCUGUGCACAAGCCCAAGUGUUCUCAGGCAAGCUUCAUCUCACCUCCUUGACAUUUAAAAAUGAAAUGAGCAACAGGUCCUCUGUAAUAUUCCGCGAGACGGCAUCUCAGAUCUCAGCAACGCUCAGAAAUGCCCUGAAGAAUCAGCUGGGGUAUAAACAGUCUGAUGUUGUGCAGCUUAAACCAGGAAGUGUGCAGGCAAUUGUAAAUAACAUCUUUGAAAACACCAACACCAAUCAAAAGUCUGUUGAUCAGGCCAUUCAAGAGGCUAUAGCCAAUCCAGAAAAUACAUUAUUGGCUGAUGCUACGUUUAUAGGUACAAACCUGUGUGUGCAGGAACCCUUAGCCUGUGACGUCUCAACUACAAUGUGCACAAAUACAAACGGCCGGCCUUUGUGUUCCUGCGGAGAGGGCUACAUCUCUAUCCUGUACUCAAACAGCAGCUGUAAAGCAUGUCCAAGUGGGCAAAGGGCAGUGGGAGACACGUGUCAACCAUGUGCAUUUGGAUAUGCUGGCUUCAACUGCAACGACUCUGCUCUGCUGGCAGUGGUGGUCAUCUCCUGUGUACUGGGAGGAGUUCUCAUCAUCCUUUUGCUGGCUUUUCUCAUAUACUGCUUCCGUAUGCGAAGCUCAAAGAGCAAGCCAGACCUCAGUCGCAGUCCAUACUCAUCAGGGGACUUAAACCAUCCCUGGCCCACUGGCAUCACCCCCAUCCCCCGAGCCACCUCUAACUGGGAUGCCGCUACCCCCAUAGAGAUGACAGAUGGGGGCAGCGCUUGUGUCAAAAAGCAUCAAACCAAUGGAUUGGGGUUUCAUCCGAAGCAGAAAGGAUGGAAAAAGUCAGGAUCAUACGAUCUCAACCCAGAUGGAAUGAACACCUUCACAGGUAAAAAUCCCUCUCGUUACUCCUAUCUGGUUCAAGGACAUGAGAACCCCUACUUCUUACCAGGAGAAGGCAGUCCAAAAUGAGGAACACGGAUCAAAGAGAAGCCACUGAUUUAAACUCUGGGACCAGGAAAAUGUAUCCGUUCUUGAACUUGCUUUGAGUAAGAACAAUUCUUUAUUGAUAAACAGCCACCAAAGAUUUUCCUUCAUAAGAGGAUGACAUUUUGAUAACAUUUUUAUUUGAGGUUUUGUGUUCUUUGGGAAAGCUGAAUGUUGCGAUUUAUAACCACUAGGUGUCACUGUUGCUCAGGGACAUUUUCUUCUGAAUCUGACUUUUUAAUACUUAUAAGAAAUCCUCAUGUUGACUUUAUAAAUGAAGCUUCUUAUAUUGAUAAUUGCACUAGAGUGUAUGUUAAGUUUACGACCAAUUGUUAGCCUGGAAUGGAAUGUACUUUAAAUAUUGGGUUUAUUGACACUUUUCUGAUGUGUAUGAUGAUGUUUUAGACACAUUAAUCUUGUAAGACUAAAGGGGCUGGAUCCCUUGUUCUGGGUAUUUUUAAAGGGAUUUCUUUUAUCGCUUCUACAGCUAAAUAUUCUCUGUAUUUGUUUAAGCUGCAUUUGCAAAAUGUGCCUGUUUGAAUAGUCUGUUUGACACAGGAAAUAUGCAAAGCUGGUGAUAAAGUUUGUCUUAUGGAUGUGCCAACGGUCACUUUUAUACAUUUAGUUUGACAUUUCUUAAAUAUAUAUUUAUCCUUGUGUGUCUGAGACAGUGCGCUAUUUAAGUGUGUAAAGGCUAUGUAAAUAAUUGAAUAUCUUUGGCACAGAAUGAGUGUGUGUGCGUGUGUGAAUGCAAAU